ACAUCCAAUCAUGUGCUCGGAAAAAAGGAAGUGGGAUUUUUGUUGAUAAAUGGUUGUCGGAUCAUGGAGACAGUUAGCUAGAAAAGUCUAACUUUAAUCUUUUACCGUCAGCUUGCGGUUAAAAAAAACAGCAAAUUGUACGACAUCUAACAGGUUGGACACCAUCACCAUGGUAGACGACUUCGACAACCAGGAGGUUCGGUCCAGCGGGGAGCUUUGGACGGAGAUCUGCUCCGGUUUGCCGGGAGUUCCGACCGAGACAGCCGCGGAGAACGACGCGGAGUUCAGGGACUCGUUCUACCCAGAAAGCCUAGGCGGAGACCACCAAAAUGGACUAACUAAUGGAACCAGCUGCUCUAGCUCAUCCAGCGCUACCUGGAAACCUAUGGAGGACUCAGAUAUUUACAUCGCCAGUUUAGAGAACCGCCUGAGGAAGAUAAAGGGUCAGCCCGGUGACGUCACCUCCAAGGAGAUCCUGCGGUCCUUGUCUCAGGCCAAGAAGGAAUGCUGGGACAGGUUCCUGCACGACGCCCAGACCUCCGAGCUCUUCCAGGGUGCUGACAUGGAUGAGAGUGCUCUGGAACACUUCAAGAGGUGGCUGAUCCCAGAAAAAGUGGCCAUCAGUACAGAGGAGCUAGAAUUCCUCUUGAGGCCAUCGCAGAAACAGGAGCCGGCGGAAGCCGACCAAAUGCGAAGCAAGGAAGAGCCGCACGACUCCAACAAAGACGAUGCUCUCAGCCCCAACCGUUUCAAAGCAGAACUCUGAAAAAAGAUCCGCUUUUUGUUUGAUGAUUCCUCGUCCACCCUUACAUCCUUUUUUCCCCUCCAUGAUGUCACAACCUGCUCUUUCUUUUUGUCUUCUAACCUCAUCUGUGUAUCUUGUAGCUGAAUAUACGAUCAUUCAACAUCAUUUUAUUAAAGACGCAGGUCUUAAUCAGAGGUUCGCAUGCUGUGCCAAGUAAAUGACACUUAGAAAAGAUGGAAACUGUUUAUUCUGUUCAUAAUUUUCUUUUUUUCAUUGGUUAUAUCUGAUGACUGUAAUAUAUUAUUCCACCAUCAAAUCUAUUUUGUUUUUAUCAUUUUCAUGUCACACUAAGCCUAAAUGUUAAGCUUUUCCUGGUUUGUAGAUGUAGCAGAUUCAUUAUUAAAUCAUAAUGUUCUGGAUUGAA